GACUUGGGUCUGCAGUUAACCAUCUCCUCCACUUGGUGUCCUAAACUGUUUGCGGAAGUGAAACCUCCACGAGUGUGCACGCCGAGUGGCGCUCAACGACUGUCGGUACCGAGUCCGACUCACGCCGGGGAAGCAGAGCAACAUGUUGUGGCUCUGCAGCGGGAGCUUAUUGCGGCGAUCCACGGAGCGUUUGCUGUGGCGCUGGAGAUCGCAGUUCGAGAUGUGAUGGGGCUCGUCGGCAAGGCAACGUGCGGCAUCUACGAGGAUCUACGACGAGAGAACGAGUCUUUAAAACGAAGUCUACGGCAAAUUGGGACGGUACCGAAUCCUACCGAGGAGCAAAUCCUAAACCCCGAUGCUCCGAAGCUCCCACAAGCAGCCGACUUCGUAGAUAAGGCUUCACAGCGCGACGAAAUCCCCCCAUCUCUUAAACAUGGCAGUGAGCACAACUGCACGGUUGGAAGUGAAUGUCCUAUUCUUAAAAAGAUAAGCUGCAGCCCACCCACAACACAAAUAAGGACGUGUGCUCUAGAAAAUGGAUGGACGGAAGAACAGUCUCGCGUACCUGUAUGUGUGGUGAAGAUUGAAAGCAUUGACCAACCCUGUCAGGACCACCGACACCAGCAAACACCCACUCCUCCUUGUUUUGAUGACAAGCUCACAGUAACGCAGAUGAUCUUAAAGGAGGAGGACCGAGAAGUUGAGUCAAAUGCGCCUGCCUGUUCAUGGGAUUCGAUGAAAGUGGAAGAUUUAAGCCCAGAGUGCAUGUCUGCCAUCCAGUCAACACUGCUGGACGAGUGGAAUCCACGAGUGGAGGAUAUUCACGAUCAAGAUGAAGAAGAUUACCUACCAAACCGGGAGGCCUCUCAACAUGAUUGUGGCAUCAGUGCCAAUAGCCAGGAGGACAACACCAGUAGCUGCACUUGCAAAUCAUGCAAUCAGUCUUUCCAGCUACCCAGUGAGCUGCAACUCCACUCUGCCCAUUGCCAACAGACGCUCCAGCAGGUAUCGGCAGGCAGGAAAAGGACUAAACUGCAUCUUUACCCACCUGGAUGCAGCCCUUUCCACUGCCCAGUGUGCAAGCGCGAGUUCAACCGCAAGGAGGACCUCAAGACCCACCUUCGCAUCCACACAGGGGAGAGGCCUUACACCUGUUCGGUCUGCUCGAAGUGUUUCCGUCACUCCGGGGCACUCACCAGGCACUUCCGUAUCCACUCUGGUGAGAAACCGUAUAUCUGUGGACAGUGUGGGAAGUCCUUCAGAAAUGGUGGGGGGCUCAAAGUUCACCAGCGCUCGCACAACAGCUAAACGCAUCAGGGUAGGAAAAAAAUCACACGGGGCGAGUAGGGAGGUUGCUCCAGCAUGGCGAUAUUCUUCUCUACCAGGAACAGUCGGAUGCUCAGGGCAUUGUGAGCAGGCACGUUGUCAUGGGGAAGCAGCGAAGUGCCACAGCUGUUGCCUCUUCUCAAGCAGAGAACGAAGCAAAAGCUGUAUAGGAUCUCGUUGUGGACGUGUUGGUUAAACGUCUGGGACACAUCGAAGGGGAAAACUCAUAGUUUAUAGUCUGGGUUCGAAAUAUAUCUUUUGUGACACCGGUCUUGGAACUUUUCUGACACCUUGUAUAGCUGCAGUACAGCAGUCUUAAACAUUACUGGCUUUGACAAAACACAGCUCUUGUGACUGUUACACAACUCUUUGCUUUUGAGGCUGCAAAUACUCCUGUCUGUCUCAAAGAACACUGCGUCUUAUAUAACCUCACAAGGAGUGUCCUGAUCAGAGUUACACUCAAAAAGUAAUUUGGAUGUCAUAGUCUGCGGAGGCACAAACAAAUGAUUGGCAAUGUGGUAUGGUGUGAUCACUACAUUAAAUGUUUAUCGUAUUUGGUGACUCAAUAUUGUUCAUAAAGAGGAAAUGUGGAAUCUUUAUUGCUGUGAAACGUGGAAAUAAAUUGUCAACGUUGCUUUACAUUU